CAUUUUCAGUCUGCGGUUGGUGUUUCGGAUUCGGAUUCGGUCCGGAAUGACGUUGACGUUGUCUGUACAAUACAAAGUUGAUGUCGUAAUUUUAUAAUUUAGUCUCGGCAUUCAAUUAAUUCACUCAUUUAAAUCUAUUAAUUGUGGAAGUGCAUUGUGAAAUUUCCUUAUAAUGGGUAUAAAAGAAGCUAAUAUUUAUUUAGAUAAUCAAUGGAACACGUAUUACGCUGGUCAAACCAUCAAUGGAAGAAUAGAAUAUGUGUUUGAUAGUCCUAAAAAAGUGCGAGGUAUCCAUGUCAAGUUUAAAGGAGAAGCUCACACGGAAUGGUGUGAAAGUAGAAAUCAAGAAACUUCUGAUGGGAAGACAGAAUCGACUGAUACCAUGCACACUGGACAUGAGGAGUAUUUCCAAGUCUCAUACUAUUUGCUGGGAAGCAAUUCAGGAAAUGAAAUAGAAAUCCCAGCUGGUAAGCAGGUGUACAACUUCACUUGUGCCUUACCUCCUGUUUUACCUUCAUCCUUCGAGGGUCAAUAUGGAUAUGUCAGGUAUACCAUCAAGGUGACCCUGGACCGGCCCUGGAAGUUCGAUCAAGAGACAAAAAUGGCUUUUACUGUGAUUAAUGCAUUUGAUUUGAAUCUCAACCCUUCUUAUAAGGUGAGUAAAGACUUAGAAGAACAUAACUCUUUCUUUUUCUGUUAUUCUAUCUACUAAGUCACCCUGCGGAUG